GAGAGGAAAGUAGCGCGUGACCGUUAGGCGGGGCCUGAAUGACGCUCACACCUGCGCGCUGUGAGAGAGCUGCGCAUGCGCAGGAUCUAGUUUGCGGCGUCUCGCGCUGUCCGCAGUGCGAUGAUGAUGAUGAUGAUGAUGGUCAGCACCGGUACUGAUUCCUCACCUGUCGGCGUGGAAUAAAGGAUAAUAACGCAGGUCACGUCAUCAAUCGAGAUGAGCAGGAAGGAAACUUGUUCAUUCACCUGCAGGAUGCUGGAGGUUACCAUACAUUGUAAUAAUUAUUUUUUCUGGAUCCACACGCAGCACUACAAUGCUGACCUUUGACAUCUUCAGUGCCAAAUCUGAAGCCCUGAAGCAGCAGCAGCAGCACAUUAUGGAUCGCAACCACAGUGAGGACAGAUGGACACGUGGAAGAACUGAUUGUUGAGGAGAUGAGGAGGACCGUAAAUCUCGCAUGAAUCGUUUUAGAUCAGACAUAUCAGACAUAAUAUUUAUAUUUUGCUUAAAAACUUCUUACUGUGAACAGAAGUAUAAUUCUAAUUUUUAGAUUUACUCUUGUUAAUGGAAGAUAAUGUUGCAUUUAAUCAGUUAGCUCACAAAACCCAAUCACCCAGGCUUUAUUAAACCCCUUACACGCUUUAUUAAAACACUUACACGCUGGCCAGUCAGGACUGGCUUGGGCUCUGGCAGCUUCUGUGACCCUGUGACCGCCACCAUGGCCAGUGGGAAAGCAACGCUUGGCCCCACAAAUGAGAGCCUCAUACCAGAUCAUCCUUCUUCUCCAGAACCUUCUGCAUCGUGUAAACCAGACCCAACACAUGAACAAAGAUGUCACUUUUUGAUUAAAGCUCCAGCUGUUCCUCCACCUCCACCCCUACCUCCUCCACCUCCACCCCAGUCCCUGACCACACUCGGCCCUCCAAAUGGCUCACGCAGGAAACGUAGAGUCCGCAGCUUUUACUGGAAACCCAUACCAGAGGAGAAGGUCCGCGGUAAACCCAACAUAUGGACGCUGGCUGUAAGACAGCAGCACUACCAGAUUGAUGUGAGGAGCGUGGAAGAGUUGUUUGGCCAGCAGGAGGAGAUGCGUUCGCAGAGCUCCAGCCAUAAUCCUCGACUAGGAACAUGCAGAGGAUCUUUCAAAGAUAGUAAAGAUGAGAUCAGCAUUUUAGAUUCAAAGAGAGGGAUGAAUAUGGGUAUUUUCCUCAAACAGUUCAAGAAGUCUAAUCACGCUCUAGUGGAAGACAUCCGUCUGGGGAACAGUAAGCAGUUCGGUCUGGAGCCUCUGAAAGAGCUGCUCAAACUGUUGCCUGAAGAGGAAGAGAUCAAAAAGCUGAGGGAAUUUAAAGGAGAUUCUACAAAGCUCACCAUGGUCGAUUCUUUUAUGUUUUUGCUGAUCCAGGUACCAUGUUUUGAUGUGAGAAUCGAGGCCAUGGUCCUGCAGGAGGAGUUUUCUCCAUCUUGUUCAGCAAUGAGUCGAGAGCUUAAUGUUGUACGCUUAGCCACAGAAGAGCUAAUGACAUGUGAAGAACUUCACGCCAUCCUGCACCUAGUCCUCCAAGCUGGAAACAUCAUGAACCAGGGAGGUUAUGCAGGAAAUGCUGUGGGCUUCAAACUCUCUUCACUCCUGUCACUAGCAGAUACCAAAGCCAACAAACCGGGCAUGAAUCUGCUCCAUUUCGUGGCCUUGGAAGCAAAGAAAAAAGAUGAAAAUCUUCUGAAGUUCCCAGAGAAGCUUAUGCAUGUACAAAGUGCUGCAAGGAUCUCAGUGGAGAACAUUGAUGCAGAAUUCUCCUCACUCAGUGUCAGGAUGCAGGCUCUUGAAGAGAAGAUUAAGGAUGAUGCUGAGCUGCUUUUGCAGUUAAAUCCAUUUGUGCAGAGUUCAAUUCAAACCCUUCAUGACCUGAAACAAUGCAGGCUGGACCUGCGCAAGGAGGGCAAUGCCCUUAUUGAUUUCUUCUGUGAAGACAAAGACACGUUCAAACUCGACGAGUGCUUCAGGAUCUUUCAAGACUUUUGUCUCAAGUUGGAGAAAGCUGUGAAGGAUAAUCUAGAUAGGGAGCUGAAGGAAGCUGCUAGACAGCAGCGCCUCCGUGAGCUGGAAGAAAGGCGCAUUGCCUGGGCUUCUACCAGUGGGGAUCAGAGCGGCGGUGGUAAUUUUGGCCGCAGCAGCAGUGAAAAUGAUGUGGAUGUUCUCACUAAAGAGGGCCUUUUAGACUUCUUACUGCACCCACGGCCACACAGCCCGCACAGCCCACUCGGACGCUCUGCAAGUGCCCGUCGUUACCACCACACAACAACUGAGCGCAACUUCUGUGGCUACCUGGAGCUAUUUUCUGGGUCUCCUACAAUUGACAUUACUAAAUUUAGCAGCCUUCCCCGUUCAGGACGUCCUCACCAAAGGAGGACCAUAGCCUGGCUGACAGAGGACAGAGAGCUGGGGCCUCAAAACAAACUUCAGUAUGAGAAGCUGGCAACUUCCCCAAAGGCAGAGACUGAACCAAUCAGCCCCCUGGUUAGAUACUCAAUGUCAGGCUACAAUAGGGAGAUUGACAUUUACAGUAAUAAUAAUUAUGCAGCUGUUUCUGAAGGUAUAAAUUCUUCUCAGCUAGGUCACAACAGGAACUUGGUGGAGAAAUCUCACAAUGAUGGAGAUAUGAACAAUUGUGUUCAAAAACAUACACUGGUGUCUGAGCCUCGGCCAUUAGAAUUGUCAAAUUCUAAAAAUAAUAAUAAUAGCAGUUACAAACCACUAAAUAACCAAGGAGAUAUUGCUGUGACAGAUCUAGAGAAGGAACGAGACAUCCCAGAAACAACUUUUCUAGACAUUUUUCCAUCCAUGACGGGAUCUGAGGAAGCACCACAAUCAGGGGCAGUGUAUGACACCAAAAUAACUUCUCCCCAGAGGGAGGAGGAAGAAGAACAAAGCACUGUCUCCUCAACAACAUGUGACACACCUUUGCCACUUGACCCAUCAUUGUCCAAUAAGAAAGCUAUUACUUACAUUUUGGACUGCACUGAAACUGAUUGUUCUGUCAUGUUAGACUUUUCAGAACUGGAGAGCACAUCUAUCCUAAAAGAAGGACCUCAACUUGACAUAAAACCACAGGAUAGCAACUUUCAGAGUUUGCUUCAAGACCCUAGUUCACUUUCUUCUAACUUUGAGUCUUUGUCAACAAAUGAUCCAUCUAUCUCAGUAUCUGGUGAUGAACCACAUGAAGGAAAGCCAGCAGAAGAGCACCCAGUUACUCCAUCUGUUCCAACAGAUGAGGCAGACAAUGACAGCACUGACAUGGCAGAAGGUAGAAAGGUACGGGAGAAAGCAGUACAGAUAUGUAGUCCAAAACCAGCCAACCUGAAAACUAAGACACCAUCUAAACCUACUGCCACACAAACAGGGCGUCCUGCAAGAACCCUUACACCAACUGAGACCAGACAUUUGCGCAAGGUACUACCAAUCACCAAGGCAAGUCGUUCUGGGAGCAAUCCUAAGAGAGCAGAGAAAUCACUUGGGCAUGAGAACACAGAACCAAGACGUCCAAUACGUGACCAGAGCAUACCUGCAAGAAAGGGUGAAAGGAAGAGUAGACCAACUCGCCAAUCUAGCCUUCCGCCAACAUGCAAGACAGAAAGUGGAGGAACAUCAAGUGUUGCAGGACCUCAGUGGGCACCAACUACACACAGGCCUUCCAUAAAGAAACCAACUGCCAAACCUGUCCGCAAUAUCCCCAAACCUCCAGUAGAAGAGAAGAUGUGUCGCUCUACCAUGAGAGCCUUGGCACAGGCUCAAGCUGCAUCUGAUGCCAGUGCUCCUCAAACACCAAGUCAGUCUCGGAGGUCUGGUGCACAUCUACCAAGCUUUGCUCGCAACACUAUUGCUUUCUCUUCUAGAACCAAAAAUGACUUGGCUACACAAACUGCACCAGGGACUCCAUCAAAGAGUUCAAGCUUAUCAAGAACUUCCUCACUGAAGGUACGUUCUGGAAGUAAGUCAAACUCUGUAUCUAGCGGACACUCAGUCCAGGGCGAGGAUAAACCAGCUGGAUCUUUAAGGAGGGUUGAGAAUGUCCGGGCCUCUGGUCAAAACACUUUACAGAGUGACACAACCCUGGCACAGACCGGGCAGGAGCAGUCUCGAAAGGGUAGCAGUUUCUCAGAGAAAUCCUUCUUGUUAAAAGACUCCACCACUGGCAGGACUCUCAAGCCCAUUUGGAAGUAGAAUUCAUGAAGAAAAAGAUAUUUUCACAUGCCUACAUUUUCUUGUUUAUCAUCUAAGACCUAUCUGAAUGUAUCUAAAGCCUUUUACAUGUAGCUGAAGUACUACGUAUUUAGCUAGUUUCCCAAAAGUGACUAGCUGCUGUCAAUAUUUGACAACCCAUUUUAGUGGUAGCACUUCAUCCAUAUAAGGAUGUUAUCUUUGGCCUUUUUAACAGCAGACAUGUUGUAUCAUCUUCACACACUUCUAUCUCGCCCACUUUCUAACAUAGAUCCAUGGUUGUCCCUUUUAUUGGUAUAUAAUAUUAUGCUUUCUGGUAUGUUGAACUACUUGCUAGUUUUUAAAUAUAAAUAUAUAUGAGCCCUCUAUAUCAGGGCAAAGCACUCUGUUCAAGAGAGUUUAAUAAAUUUCCUGAGCUAACGCACUUGUUAAACCUGGAUCAGUAUUUGUAAUUCAGGUUCAGAAAUAAAGCUUUUCCACUGAACAGUGUGAUCUAAGUACAAGUACUGAAUUUGAUGACCUUUUCUUGCAUAAGUGGCACCCAAGCUGAGGUGGGACAUGCGGGUGAAGCUAAAAAUAUCACAUUCCAUCGACUAGUCACAGAAUUAUCCUUGUUAAUGUCAUACAAAAAUCUUUUUUCGUACGUAAACUAAAAAAAAAGUAAAGAGAUUUUUCAUUUUGUCUUUCACAGGGCUUCCCCAAAGUGUUCUUACUCAUUAUCUAAUUACAAAAACCUGGCUAAUUUCCUUCCAUUUCCAAAAAAUAAAGCUAAUCAUAAGCCUUGCUAAGUUACUAUGGCAACAUCAUUUUCAGACAAGCCUUCUUUGUGACGAUGUCCACCAGUAAAAGUUCUAAAUAAAUACAAAUGGAAUUGUUCCAUGUCAGGUUAGUUUUAAAUCUUGAUGAAGUGUAUCGACUAAAUUUCAGUGUUCCAUCUUAGUACAGUUAAAGGUAGUAUAAAAUAUUUAUAUUCUCUCUCUCUCUCUCUCUCUCUCUCUCUCUCACUGAGGUUUGGUAUUCUGUGAUGCAUAUUUUAUCUUUAUCCUUAUUAUUUUUUAUUUAAUCAGUUUUUGUCAAUCACAGGUUUAAAACCUUAUUUUAUUUCUAGCAUACUCAUUCAUGGCAUUUAUAUCUCACAUUGAAAUGAGUGGAUUGUUUUUUUAAAUUAACUCAUUUAUAAUAACUAAAUUGCAUUGUGAUAUUGUGUGAAAAUUAAACUGUUGGUCUGAUUAACAUUCUGUAAUUAAUUUCUUAGCAAGCAAAACAACAAUAACAAGGUUUAGGAAAAUCUUCAAUAUUUUUCAAAUUCUAAACUAAAUUCUAAAUUAUUUUAUAAAGGUAUUGAUGAAAAGAUUAAGUAAAGUUCAGAAAUUAAAAAACACUAUAAAUACAUUUCUAGCCUUAAAUUACAAUUACAGAUUAAAAAUCCUGUUGCUUGACGUUGACCUCAACUAUUUGUAUGUUUAAUUGAGAUCAAGUUUGUAUUAAACACAUUCAUUUUGACAAUAGAACCAAUUGAAAUAGUCUUAUAUUAUUUAUGUAAUUAUAUGUUCUUACAUUUAUUCUGUUGUAUAUUUCUGAUAUGCUGCUCCUCAAGCUUUGUUAAUUGCUGAGGUGUUGGUUUUAUUUGCUAAAAUGUUUUAGUACACAUAAUUUAUUUUUAAAUGGUUGUUCAGAUGAAGUAAAAUAACCAAAUUGAACUUCAGUUAGUGUAAAUAGGUUGCACCUGAAUUUUGUUGACAGUGGACAGUCCUGUUACAAUACUGUAAAUCAUGCAAGGCCAUUUGUAAUGAUCCUCCACAUCGAUUAACUAGCUUCAUGAAACUCCUCCUUGAUCCGUAGUUUGUUUUUGAUCUUUCUGUUCAGUGGAAAUGCUGUAUAAGUGUGUUAGAGCAGGUGAGUGUGUUCCCUGCUGUGACGAGUCUCUGUGAAGUAUGAUGAAGUGUGUUCUGUGCAUGACAAAUAAUAUUUUAGUUAGAAGAUGACAAUGCAUAGGACUGUUCAAAUACACAGGAGUGUUUCAAUCAGAUCUGAACAUGUUUAAUAACCGCUGUAUUGUUCUGAAUUCUGGAGGUGAGCUGCUAUACAAGGCUGUUUUGCUGCUAUAAAUACUCUAUUUGUGUCUUUGUGGAAUUAUAUUGCUAGUAUGUUCUACUUGCUAAGCCACAUUUUCAAUCAGAAGUUGCAAAACCUGGUGCUUGAGGGUCACCGUGAAGAAAUUCAUCUUACUCUAAAUAAUUCACAAUACUUAUUUUGACUAAUCGAUCAACUUUUGUUGUUUUUAUUAUUAUUAUUAUUAUUAUAAUUAUUAUUAUUAUUAUUAUUAUUAUUAUUAUUAUUAUUAUUAUUAUUAUUAUUAACAGAAAAGCAGGAUAUAAUUUCUACCUCUAAAAUCAUGUUUUGCCACCUCUGAUUUGUUGAAGUCUUUAUUAUGCUUUUAGUGUCGUGUGUGUGUGUGUGUGUGUGUGUGUGUAUGUAUGUAUGUAUACGUGUGUGUGUGUGUGUUUAUUUAUACAUGUGUGUGUGUAUACUUGUGUGUGUGUGUGUAUACUUGUGUGUGUGUGUGUAGACUUGUGUGAGUGUGUGUAUACGUGUGUGUGUAUACGUGUGUGUGUGUGUGUAUACGUGUGUGUGUUCAGGAGCUUGUGUAGUUGGUCGACAUGCUUUUUAACAUCCAUGCGAUUAUGGAGAAGACCCGGUACAAUGGAAUGAUUUUCCAGCUUGAAUGAACUGUCUGUCACUAACCCAGCCUCUUGUUAUGAGUUGUUUUUUGGUCCUUUAACAUGAUACUCCACCAGUGUGUGCUUUCUUUUUUAAAUGUUGUGCCUGAUUUUUUUCCCUAACUGUGGAAUUACAAUCAAUAUAAGAUCAAUUAAAAAGAUCAAAUCCA